AUGAGGUACCUCGGUAUGAUCAUUGACAAGUCGCUACUUUUUAAGAGCCACUUGAAGAAAGCUGCGGCCAAGGCAGAAGGGAUUGGUAUGCAACUGGCACGCCUCAUGCCGAAUGUAGGUGGCCCACGCGAAGAUAGACGGCGUUUGUUGUCCUUAGUCGUGCAUUCUGUACUGCUGUACGGUGCCCCAGUUAGGGCACACACCCUGGACCUCGUGCCCGGCAACGUCAGGCUUCUAAACAAGACCCAGCGCAAAGUCCUACUGCGUUGCAUGUGUGCCUACCGUAAGGUUUCUGAAGCGGCUCUGAACGUACUGUCGUCGACCUUGCCGGCUGACUUACUAGCCAGAGAACGGGAGUCUGAGUUCAGGAAAAGGCGGGGUGAUUUGAACGCCCGGGAUAAACCCUGGUUUAUUAAAACCUAA